UCUCCGAUACAAAACGUCCCACUAUCCCAUACUAGUCUAUCCUGCAGCUCAUCCCAUUCCCGUCCCACCAGUCGUUAACGCUACGACGAGUCACGUUGCUGCGACGGCCUCGAUGCGUUCCAAUCCAGUCAGCCUGCCGCUAUCCGUCCAUUACCCAAUCACGCCUGCUCGCACUGUCAUUUCCGUCGUCGCACGGCACUGUUCUCGCACUAGUAUCCCCCAAUUCCGUCCCGCGCUUCCCUCCCGCAGCGGCCCGUCACGGUACAUUCGACCCCGCCCAAUCCACCCCUUUCCGCGCUUCCGCGAGCAAAUAACUAUGAGCGCUGCCGUGGCGCAGACGGCUGACGUGGCCGACGCCGCUGAUUCGCGGGUGCUGAUCACGUUCGACGUGGACGGCACGCUGAUCCACUCGGUCGGCUCGGAGUCCAACAAGCUCCAUAAGCGCGCGUUCGCGCACGCCAUGAAGCGAGUGUUCGGGAUUCAAGGCACCAUAGACGCCAUUCAGCACCAUGGCAGCACGGAUCAGGCUGUCCUCAUCAACACCCUCGAGUUCUACGGCAUUCCCAGACACAUAAGCGAGCCUCAGCUGCCAGUGCUGUGCGAAGCCAUGCUGCAGUACUGCAGGGAGCACGCGGGGGACUCAGCGGACGGCAUUGCGCUGCUGCCAGGUGUCCGCACGUUAUUGGAGGAGCUCACGGGCGUGCAGCCCAACGUGGUGGUGGGACUGGUGACGGGCAAUCUGGAGGACAUCGCGUGGCUCAAGAUGGAGGGGCUUGACGUCGAUGCCCUCUUCACCGCACCACACAUUGGGGGGUUCGGCAGCGACCAUAUGGAUCGGGGAGAGCUAGUUCGGAUAGCGAGGCAGCGGGCAGAGGAGAGAAUACCAGGUCCGCCCUUCAGGCUGCAUGCUCAUGUUGGUGACACGCCGAAUGACAUCAUUGCUGCCAGGUUCGGUGGUGCCAAGCCUAUCGGGGUCUGCACUGGAAUCUUUUCCAAGGCUGAGCUGCUGGCUGUGCUGCCUCCACCCCAAGCCAAGGAACUUCCCCCAAGCACAGAAUCAAAUUCUUCAUGUGCUGAUGCUGCAGCAGUAGCAGCUACUGCACCUGUUGCACUAGUGUCUGGUGCACCAGAUUGUGGCAGUAAUGGCGGAUGCACUGACAGUAGUAGCAGCAGCAGCACAAAUGGUGUUGUGCUGGAAGCGGUUAUUCUUGACUCAUUGGAGUGCUCCUCCACCUUUUUCAAGGCAUGUGAUCUUCCCAUCAUCUCGGCUUCCUUAUGAUUUGUAUCCAGUGCACUUUUUAUCAAUCACACCUUUGGC